UGUCACUACGCUUAAUUCAGGCUGAAGUUCUACAACUUUCUUUUUCUCGGCGUGAUUCAUAAGCUCCCGCGGCACUGCUGAUCGAUGCUGAUCUGGAGGAUAAACCCUGUUUAUAUGUAGGAUUAGAGAGGAAAGGUGUUUGGAAGACGUGUGUGUGUGUGUGUGUUUGAUAGAGAGAGAGAGAGAGAGAGAGAGAGACGGGCUGUGCACACAUGAACUGCCUUGACGGAUCCCCCGGGCAGUUUGCCGACUUCAGGAAGGACGACUUUGAGGCUGACUGGAUUAAGGUGGCAGAAUGUAGAUUUGGCCAAGUGUACCAGGUCAAGCUCAAACUCUGGCGGGAGAAAUGCGCCCUGAAAAGCUUUGACAACGACUUUUACAGGAGAAUAAAAAACGAGGUGUUCAACAUCGCCAAACUGAAAUUCAAGUACAUCAUAUCUAUCUACGGACUGUGCAGCGAGGCGACGGCUGUGGUGAUGGAGUACAUGACUAAUGGAUCCCUGAACGGUCUCCUCGCCAGCCACACUUUGAUGUGGCCCAAGAAGUUUCAGAUGAUUCAUGAGAUCUCCAUGGGCAUGAAUUUCCUUCACAGCAUGAAGCCUGCGCUGCUCCAUCUUAACCUCAAGACGUCCAAUAUCCUGCUGGACGAUCAUCUCCACGUCAAGAUCUCAGAUUUUGGGCUAAUCCACUGGGAGCAGAGCAGGAGCGAGACAUUCACAGAGCGUCUGACAGCAAGAGGGAACAUAAGUUACAUCCCGCCAGAGACCUUCACUCAGUGCUCCAGUCCUCCAGGAACCAGCUUUGAUGUUUACAGCUUUGGAAUUGUGAUAUGGGAGAUUUUAGCGCAGCAGAAGCCUUACUUAGGGUGCAGCUUGACCACGGUGCUCUUACAGGUGUCGGAAGGGAAACGACCCUGUGAGAAGAAGAUUCCCGAGCCGAGGCCCAGUGAGUGUGAGCAGAUGAUCGUCGCCAUGAAGCAUUGCUGGAACCAGGAUCCCAGGAAGAGGCCUCCGUUCUCAGACAUGGUGAGGAGAACCGAGGCCCUGAGUGAAAUCAUGAAGAUCCCAGGACCAAUGCACUCUCAUGACGACGACGUGAGACAGAAAUUGGAUCACCUCCCGCUGACCUCCCCAAUCGUCGUGCCUGUCUUUUCUUCAGAUGAGCGACACAGCAAAGAUGGCCUUCUGUCCAUGCUCAACAAAAAGGACUUUUGCAGUUUCAGGCAGUCUCUGAAAAAAGAGCAUGUGUCCAAACAGUUUUCAGGCAACAGGAGCAUCCUUCACUUCACCGUGGAGAGCGGUGAUUUAGAGACUGUCAGGCACGUCCUGAGUCUGGGAGCUAAAGUCAACUGUGCCACUGCCAGAGGUUACACUCCGCUCAUAAUUGCUGUUCUACACAGGUUUCAUGACAUUGCGUCUUUGCUGCUGGAUCAUGGCGCAGCUGCCACCCAGGGAGACGAUGACAACUGGACGCCGCUCCAUUUUGCUGCUCAGAACGGCGACAGCAAGACCGUACGCCUUCUGUUGGACAGAGGAGCUGAAGCAGAUGUCCAAGAAAAUGCCGGUUGGAUGCCCCUCCACCUGGCCUGCCAGAAUGGCCACGAGACAGUGGUUCGCCUGCUGCUUUUGCGGCUGUCCGGUGAAACUGUGAUGGAGCGGAGGGAGGCACAAGGGAGGACGCCGCUACACCUAGCCUCCGCCUACGGUCACGUGGAUAUCGUCAAGCUCCUGCUCUCCCAGGGAUCAGAUCCCAAUGCGACCAGCAAAAGUCUCUCCACUGCACUUCAUAUGUCAGCUGAACAAGGCCAUAACCGGAUAGUUAGAAGACUGCUGAAGAGUGGCGCGAGCACCGACUGUGCCGACAGCAAAGGAUACACUCCGCUCCACCUGGCUGCUCUCAAGGGUCAUGUGGGUAUAAGCAGGCAUCUGCUGUCUACCGGGGCCAACCCGGACUCCAGGACACUCCAAGGCUGGACCCCCAUGCACCUGGCAGCUCUGAAGGGACACGAAGCAGCGGUGGCCCUGCUGGAGGCUCACGGUGGCUGUGUGAAUGCGAAAGGUGAGAACGGAUGGACUCCAUUACACGUCGCCUGCCACCACAGUUACCCAGAGGUGGUGCUGAAGCUGCUGGCAGGCCAAGCGGAUCCAAACCUCACGGAGGAUACUCAGGGAUGGACGCCGCUGCAUUUGGCAUGCAAUGCCGUCAGUUUCCCAAGCGUCCUCCAAUUAAUAUCAUAUCAUGCGGACGUCAAUGCCGUAACCACGGCGAAGGCCACCCCUCUGCACCUGGCUGCUCGGCACGGCUGCACACCGAUCGUGCAGGCUCUGCUGCUGAAUGGAGCCGACAGGAAGCUGCAGGACUCAUCCGGAUCCACGGCUCUACAAAUAGCACAAAGCUGCGAGAAAUGGGAAACGGUCAAAGAACUCGAAAAAGACAACAGAAACUGAAGAUUCGAUGCAACCACGGUGUGACUUGUCAAGAAACCCGAGGACUUACGUUUGUGACAACACACAGUGUGAACUUUUCAGCACCGAAAAAUAACUUGAGCAAAGAAAAACUUAAUCUGAGCAAACAAAAAUCUAUUCCGCAGAGAUCUGCAGGAUAGAGCAAAUAAAAAAAACGUGGAAAAAGAAGAUGAUUGUGUGUGUGUACGUCGAUACUUGCAAACAUAAAACAUAUUUUUCGAGCGCAGAAUAGAUUUUUGUUUGCUCACAUUAAUUUUUUCCAUGCUUGAGUAUUUUUUUUUAAUUUUUUUUUUACCUGUACUCAAAAUUUCACACUGCGCAUUCCAGAUUUUGGCAUAAAUGUAAUUCCAUAGAAACCAGGUGAGAGGGAUGUUUACAACAGAAUGAAAUUUUAGCUGGCAUGCCUUAUUUCUUGUAAAUUUUUACAUGAUUAAAAAAGGAAUGACUGGAGUGUGUCUGGUCUGCUGGUGAAGACGGUUUCCUCACUGUGAAUGUGGUAAUAAUUCAUCAGAGGGAAUGCUAUGCACCUCACCCCGUGUGUGUAAUUAGUAUAAAUGGAGAAAUUAGACGCAGUUGUCAUGUUUUUUUUUCCCCCUAUGAGGCAGCUUAGUAUGAGAUAUAAAUGAUUAAAUAUUUAACUUAACAGGAAAAACAAUUGAAGUGCAAGAAGGGCUGAUGAUUUAUGCAAUUUAUUAAUCAAGAAGACAAUUUUGCAAAAUCUGACUGUGAAUCAGAAAAUAUCCAUGAGGGAGCCACAACACAUGGGGUCAGAAUCAGGUGAACGACAGAACAUAUCGACUGUCCUGGUUUAAGCACCAGUCAGCCUGUUAAGCAUGUGUGCUCCUGGUGAAUCGAGGCUGGAAAUGAGUGUGAAAGAGCUGCUGUGAUAAUGACAUAUAGGCACAUUUAUUUGAUUAAACCUGUCAGACUUUAUCAAGGUAUUAUUUGUCCAAUAACCUGGAUAAGGCAGAACUGACACGGGUAUUUUUCACUGCCACCAGUGAGUUCUUCCUCCGAUAAAUGCAUAUGUGACAAGACGACACAGUUCAUUAUCGGUCAUUCCCACCUGAAUCAAAGAAGAACUGCCCGGCUUUGCCUCACUCAUUUACCACCAUGACACCUUAUUAAACUGAAAUGAAAUGCAUGGAUUCAGAAGCUGUAUUGACCUGCAUGCUCUCAGGGUUUUCGCUGGAUUCACCAGAGACCGGCUCUGUUGCAGAGCGAGGCGUUGAGCUGAAUCAAAUUAUUGAAAAUGAAAGGAGCGGGUUUGAUUAGGUCUGAGCUUGCAUUUUUCUUCUUUUCCUUGGCUGCUUGUCUGCUGUGUCAUGUGUGGAUGGAUAUUGUUUCCCACAACGCAUUUUGUUCUUCUGUGACCCGUUCGAUUAAACAUAAGUCUAUUUAGCCCGAAGAUUUUCAUUUUAAAUGACAACAUGAAACCACCCACUGCGCAGAACUCUUGGAGCGGUAUAAGAAAUGGAAGAAACAAUGUUUUUCAAUAUGUCUGUUCACCCCAUCAGAAUUAAAUCAGACAAUUCCACUAAAAUUCCAUCAAGUGCGCCUUCGCUAACACCUACACCAGGGGUGUCAAACAAAUGACCCAUGAGACAAAACCUGCUUAUUCUGGCCAGAAGGACGGCUUUCAGGAUCAGGAGUUAAAAUGACAAAGGGAAUAUUCAAUUGAACUUGAAGGUGGGAGCAGUUUGUUACCAACAAAGAACUGUGCUGUUUUAGAAAGAACAACAAAACAAUACCAGUGUUAGCCCUGGAACAGGGGAAAUAGUGUGGUAAUGGGUCACACUUCAUGAGAGAAAGAACUAGGAUCUUUACCCUAAAUGUAUGUAUGGACUGAAGAUGCCUGAGAGAAGCCAGUUCAGGAAAGCUAGAACUUGACUGUAGAUGGCAGGAAUGCCUGUAGGUGAUGGAUCAAUGAUUUGUAGUGAAGUGGCUUGAGCGCUAUAGCACGAAUCAAUCCAUCUUUGAAUGUGCUUUUACCCUCUUCAGGGUCACAGGGCGCUUUAAACAAUCCCAGCUCACUGUGGACGAGAGCAGAGUACACCCUGAACAGGUCGCCAGUCCGUCACAGGGCAAGCACAGAGAGAUAACCACACACAUUCACACUUAGGGUCACCAGUUAACCUCAGGGAGGAAACCGGAGCAGCAGGUGGAAAACAUGCAAACUCCAAACAGAAACGUUUUGCCCAGACUCACUAUGAGCGCUAACCAUUGCCUCACCAUGUUCCUGAGGGUGAAUCUGAAGAAGAUGCAUGGCAAGAAGUAACAGGUCUUCACCAGCAGCAGUCUAGCUGCUAAGAAUAACCCUGUUUCAGGCAGACAGAAGCAGAUCUUCCAGCAGGUUUUCAAAAAAAAAAAACAAAAAAAACAUAAAAAAAACAUUAAAUUGAAAACAUUGACUUAUACUUUUCACCAAGAAGUGGAGUAUAAUGAAAAUCAUGUGAAAUCAAUGCUGCAAAGUAUGGAAUAAUGAGAAUAAGAAUAGGGAAUAUAAUGCAACACUGACACCCAGCACUGACAGCAGCAUUGCUCGUGGAUGAGGGAUCACUGACGUAGCAGUGAAAGCUGCCUCCCUUAUUCAGGAUAAAAAUUGAAGCCAUGCUAUGAGCAGAGACAUAAAAAAAUGACUGGUUGAUGAUUUAUCCAUAGUUAUAUCGCUUUGUUUCGUAAGAUUGUUAAAAUGCUCAAAAACAGCUGGCCUUGGAUAACUGUGAAACUGCUUAUAAACCAGGGUUUGGUAACUUUUUUAACAUCUAGUGACAGUUCUUCUUGGUAAUGAGUGUACCAUUAUCACCAAUAAAGCAAAAAAUGUUGUACUGCAUGACACAAACGAGGUAAUGUGUGUGUCUAGAAAUGCCCCUGACGAUGAACACUGUAGAGUGUGGGAAGGUAUCAUUAAAAUGCUGAGAGCUUCAAACUCCUCUAUGCUGGUCACCUUCGGCGAAAUAUCCUCCAUCCUUAACUGAACAGAUCAUGUUAUUUUACCAGUUUUCUUUUGACAAAAUCAUAAGACAAAAUCAUUUUCAAGAAUUAUUUUCUGCAUUUUAGUAUUUGGAAAAAAAAAACCUCCAAAAAACUUUCUAAAAAGCCAUUGGAGAUAUUCAUAAUGGUAACAUGUUUCAGUCCUCUGGCC